UGCGUAGUACAGAAGAGUUCGCUUGGGUUACUUUGACCACAAAUGAUACGUACUCGCUGGGCGCCCUGGUGCUGGCAAAUUCGCUAAAGCGAGCCGGCACCGCCCAUCAGCUGGCAGUGAUGGUGACGCCCACCGUAUCGGAGGCGAUGCGUGACAGACUGAAGGAGGUGUACAAUGUUGUACAGGAGGUAAAUGUGAUGGACUCACAUGAUGCCGCCAAUCUGGCGCUGCUCGCCCGCCCCGAACUGGGUGUCACCUUCACAAAGCUCCACUGCUGGCGUCUCGUCCAGUUCGAGAAGUGUGUCUUCCUCGAUGCGGACACACUGGUGCUGAAAAAUUGCGAUGAGUUGUUCGAGCGUGAGGAACUGUCUGCUGCUCCAGAUGUCAGCUGGCCCGAUUGCUUCAACUCGGGCGUCUUUGUCUACACACCCAGCGUGGACACCUUUAACAAGAUCACAGAGUUUGCCGUGCAGCAUGGCAGCUUCGAUGGCGGCGAUCAGGGUCUGCUGAAUCAGUACUUUGCCGAUUGGGCGACCGCUGAUAUCAAGAAGCAUUUGCCUUUCAUCUACAACGUGACAGCCUAUGCUUCCUACUGUUACUUGCCCGCAUUCAAACAGUUCAGAGAUAAAAUUAAGAUUUUGCAUUUUGCUGGCAAACUGAAGCCUUGGUUGAUUCACUUCAAUACGGCAACAAAAACCGCUGACACGCCCACCGAUUACGCACAUGCACAGGACCUCAUCCAGCACUGGUGGACCAUCUUCUGUGACAGUGUGCAUGAGUCUCUCAGCGACAAUAUGUAUCUUUGCUUAAACAUAACGCAUUCGCCGAGCAACACUGAUAGUAAUUACGAUGCGGACAGCUAUUACAAUCGGCAACAAGAACAACAAAGACAGCAAUAUGUGCCGCAUGUUCGUGAAUAUCGAGAUCCUUGGGCAGAUUACUAUGAGCAAGUGGAGCGACAUCAAAAUCAGCCUGAACCUGAACCUGAACCUCAACCUGAAUCCGUAUCCGAAUCCGUCUACGAAUCCCCCAAUGAAAAUGCGAUUGAGAACUCAUGUGAAACGCAGGUGCUUGACGCUCAGAGGAGAAGAUGGAGCCACAGUGAAGCAUGCAGACCCACAUCAUCAUUACAGCCACAAGAACAACAAGAACAACCACCACCAGCACAUAAACCAACCACUGCCAAUGAAGAACCCAAAGCAAUAGAUGUAAAUAGCAACACAUGCGAAACUGAGCAAUCACCCACCCACCAAGAACACCAACCAGAACAACAACAUCACCAUCAAAACCACCACCACCACCAACAUCACGAGCACCACCCAGUGCAUAGUACAAUCGAACAGAAUGCGACACAAGCCACUUUAAGUCAUCAACCUCAAAUUGAAGAUGUUGCCGUUGCUGCUGAGGCUGGUCUCGCUGGCGCAUUGUCGCAGCUACGCAUUGGCGUAGAGCGCACCCCCGAACAGGAGCAGUACGAGAAUCUGAUGCGUCGCCAGUGUUGGGAAUCGGGACAGGUUGACUAUUCGGGCGCCGAUGCGUUCGACAACAUCUGGAAGAAGAUCACGAAGACGCUGGAAGCGAAGCCCGAGAAGCCGACGGAGGCUGACCAAACUGGUAGUUCAUAGAUACAAAAUACUAUAUGUAGUGAACAGAAGAACAAAUCGUUCAUCGUUUUGCUGUGCCCAUUGACCAAUCCCCUAAACCCCUUAAACACACUAGCACAACACACAAACACACAAGCACACACACACACACACACUCAGGCACACACCUGUGCACAGACUUUGACACUUUAGCCGGUUGAAAUACAAAAUUAUAUCCAAGUGUUGUCAAGUGUCAUAUUUAAUUGCUGCACACUUGUACACAGGCACACCCACUGCCACACACAUACACACACACACACACACACAUGCAGUGGCCUUGUUAGCAGCAGUGGCUCAUAUCAUGAAAUG